UUCGAUACUUUUCUCGAACUCUCUUCGUACAUUUUUAUACCCAAAAACCACAAAACUCAAAUCUCAAUUCACAAAUCGCCAUGGCCUCACGACUCAUCUCCCGCUUCGCCUCUUCUCUCACCCGCUCCACAGCAACCACUAACGCCGCCGUCAUCCACCACUUCACCGCCACCGCCGCCUCUACUUUACCCAAAUCUAAUCCCUUAAUCUCCCUCCUCCAAUUUCAAUCCCAUCCUUUCAUCUCCCCUUCCCGUCUACACCCCUAUAGCACCCUAACUCUCCGAUCCUUCUCCACCGCAACCCGCCCUAGCCGUCCCCACCGCCCAGCCCGGCCCGACAUUGGCGCCCGCGCCCGGCAGAUGCAGAACCGCCGUCUCUGGACCUACGCGCUAACCUUCAGCUGCGUCGCGGGAUUCAUUAUCAUCGUGCUCAACCAGUUCCAAGACCAGCUCGUCUUCUACGUGACCCCGAGCGAUGCGAUCUCCAAAUACACUGAGAAUCCCACCAAGGCCAAGUUUAGGCUCGGCGGGCUGGUCUUGGAGGGCAGCGUAGCGCAGAUGGCUUCGUCGCCGGAGAUGGAGUUCGUGAUCACCGACUUAAUCACCGACAUUUUGGUCAAAUUCGAGGGAUCGUUGCCGGAUCUUUUCCGGGAAGGCCACUCCGUGGUGGUGGAGGGGUUUAUUAAGCCGUUCACGGAGGAAAUGAAGAAGACGAAUGAGGUGAUUUUGAAGGAGAACAAGUUUAGGAUCACAGAGAAGGCCAGGAGUGGAGUGUGCUAUUUUGAAGCUACAGAAGUUCUGGCUAAGCACGACGAGAAGUAUAUGCCUCAAGAAGUCGCCGCUGCACUGGAGAAGAACAAGAAGCUCCUGGAACAGCAAAAAAUUGAGGAAAGCGGCACUGAAACUGCUAUAGCUAAGCCAUAAGGGAUCGAUCAUGGCGCCAUAGGUCUGAUCUUUUUUCUUAACAUAUGAAUUCUUUUGGAAUUGAUGGAACACGCAUACGUUUUAGCUUGAUUAUACAAUUCUUCCGGAUUAGAUUGAGGUAACUUAGGAAAGAGAUAUAAGCAAAUUUGAUGAGCCAACUUAGAUUUGUUGUUGUGCCAUUUUUGCCUUUUUGGUGUUCAUUUUAACUUUACUGUAUUGCCCCAUGAAUAUUGUGGGUUUCAAACUGAUUUUUGGCAUAGUAGUAGUUAAUAAAUGUUAUAAAUGAAUUAUCAUUCUGGGUA